CCCUUCUCUUUCCAUUCCACCGUAAGAAUGAAUGGUACGUAGGACGUAUUUCCGUUGUUUUGGUGAAUCCAUACAAGGAUAUAGCAUUAGCAAGCAGAAGAAGAACUAAGACAAAGUCAACGGUUAUUAGCCGGCAGCAGUGGCUCAUCAUUUGUCGGCUCAGUUUUCUAGAGAGGAGAAGAGGAGUCGACGAUGGAGAAGGGAGUUCAGAGAUGGUUAGUCGACAUCUCAAAGUGGGACCCUUCUCCCCGCGCUUUCUCCUCCGCCCUCUCCCUCCUCCCUCAGCACGACCAGCCCUCUGUCCUCAGGUUCGUGAGGAUAGAGGAUAGGAAGAGGGCGCUGGUGAGCAGGUUGCUUCAGUAUGCUUUAGUGCACGAGGUGCUGGGAAUCCCCUUUGAGCAAAUCACGAUCAGACGCAGUCUUGAAGGAAAGCCAUACUUGGAAUAUGAUGGUGACUUCAUGGAGUAUCCCAACUUCAAUUUCAAUGCUUCCCACCAUGGAGACUAUGUGGGAGUAGCAUCUGAACCGCUGUGCCUUGUGGGAUUAGAUAUUGUCUCUUACACGCCUCCCCAUAAAGAAACCAUUCUUGAGUUCAUUCAGAACUUCACUUCUUACUUCUCGAGCUUGGAAUGGGGUAGAAUAUUGAGCGCUGGCUCUCCGGAUGAAAGUUUAGUUGAAUUCUACAGAUAUUGGUCUUUGAAAGAAGCAUUUGUCAAGGCAAUAGGUAGUGGAGUGGCCUUUGGUUUGGACAGACUGGAGUUCCAUCAUACUAGCUGGACAAAUAUACAUGUUAAGAUUAAUGGAAAAAUAUUGGAGGAUUGGAAAUUUUGGCUGCAUGAAUUGGGCGGAAGGCACUGUCAAUCGCAAGGGGCCACCCAAGGUUGGCUACUGAGAGCUACAAGAAAACAUUAAAACAGUUAGAGUUCAAUGAAGAAGAAUACCUUGCUACUCUCCAUCUUCCAAAUGAAAGUUUUGUCUUAAAGACCGCAGAAGAGCUUAUCGCAAUCCUAGAAGUCUCGAAAAGUGGCAGAACUGCCUGAUGGAAGGCAGACAUUAUUAGAGCAUGGAUAUUAUAAGGAGCAGGAAUUGGUUAUUUGAUAGAAAAAGUAAAUUAUUUAUUCCAUCCUGCGAGAUGAAGGAAUGUUCUUCUGGUCCGUUCUUGGGGUCCAAUGCUCGGACCAAAGCAACUCUUAAAUCACCUGUGUCGGCCAAAGUUGCUGGUCCACUGCAACACCAUGUAAGGGGUCGUCAUUUGACUCUUUUUGUUAAUUAUAGGAAGCAGUUGGAGACUA